AUGGAGGACAAAGAGGUGCACGUUCCGGCCUUCGAUCCGUCGGUACUCCUCUCUGGUCCAGAAGGUGAAAGAAACUUCGAGCAGGCACGCACCAUUGCGCACUGGCAGGCAGAGUCCCAGCAAUGUGAUUAUGACUUCGGCAAUUUGUUAACAGCCCUAACCAGAGAGUGCGGCUCAACCGAAGCCCCACUGGAGGGGUUAGUUAUGCGCCACUAUGCCAGACGGCUGAUGGAGCAACGCAACGAGACGCACCUAGAGACUGCUUGGGGCGACCCCUUCACCUCUGCCGAAGUCUACAUACAACAGGUGAUCUCCAAUGGGUCGCCACGUCAUUCGGGGCAGUCCGGUCGGCCAAGUUUAGAACUGAACAACAGCACAUCCUGGGAGGAGAUCGGAAUUCGGAAACGGAGGUAA